CUUGUUCGCAAUUUUCGGUAGUGUUUAUAUUUAUUUGCUUUUCAAAAAAUAACACAGACAUGAAAUAAAAACAUCAAAAAAACCUUAAAUGAAACGCUAGUCAUUCGAUACCUUUCUUCAAAGCGUGUUAUUCAAAUUUCGAUAUCGCAUAUAACAAUUCAUUAUUUGGUGAUUAUUUUGGUUGUGAAAAGGCAUUUCGAAAAGAAAAACAACAUACAAAUAUAGAGCUAAAUGUUCGUGAGUAGGUAUUUUAGAAUAAAACCAAGUGUUCAGAAAAUUCAUACGAUUAUUGAAUGAAAACGGUUGUCCACGUCGGUUGUCGAUCUAAGAAUAUAUCGCUCAUUCAAAAUAAAACAACAACAAGAACAAAAAACGCCCUUGUGCAAUAUAAUCGGUGUGAUUGUUGUACUUAAUUUUAAUUUAUUGAUUUUCCGAUCAUUUUUAAAUUUUAACCGUAAAUUGUUUGUGAUUGCCGCUAUAAUUUGAUUUUCAAAAUCAUGGGCACCGAAAAUAUUGAAAAAUCCAACUAUCAAAAUAGUUCGCCGAAAACGAACGAUGAAGUCGCUACGAUACCACUAACGAUAGAUGAAAACAAUGUCCUUGAAGGAGCUCGGGAGGUUUUAAAAGUUAUUAGACCAACAUGGAACGAUGACAAUAUUAAGUUCAAGUUGUUCACAGAUGGCAUAACAAACAAACUGGUUGGCUGUUUUCACACGGACUCAAAAUCAUCGUCACCGGAUUCCCAACAAACCACCGAUAUCGCGAAAAUGUCCACCACCGUUCCGGAGGAUGUCGUCUUAGUGCGUGUGUACGGCAAUAAAACCGAUUUACUUAUCGAUCGAAAAGCCGAAACGCGAAACAUUCAGAUGCUACAUUCACAUGGCUUUGCGCCGUGCUUAUAUGCGAUAUUCCGUAACGGUUUAGCGUAUGAAUAUGUUCCAGGUGUGACGCUUACAUCCGAAACGGUUGCCGAGCCGCAAGUCUGGUCUUUGAUAGCUAGACAUAUGGCGGAUAUGCAUAAAAUACAAAUCGAUUGCGGAAGUGAUGAUCAGCCAAUGCUUUGGGGUAAAGUUCAACAAUUUUUAGAUAUACUGCCGGAAACGUACAGUGACAGUCGGAUAGAUGAAAGGGUAAAAGCAAAUUUUUUGCCAAUCCGUCAAUUUAAAGAUGAAUUUGCAGCACUCUACAAACAUUUAGCGGCGCUAAACAGUCCAAUAGUAUUUUGUCACAAUGAUCUGCUGUUAGGCAAUGUUAUCUAUGAAAAGUCAACGGAUCGAAUAACAUUUAUUGACUACGAAUAUGCUGGACAGAAUUUCCAAGCUUUCGAUAUUGGGAAUCAUUUCACGGAAUUUGCUGGGGUGGAUGUGAUCGAUUAUCGUCAUUAUCCGUCGAAAGAGUUUCAGCUGAAAUGGUUGCGUAGUUACUUAGAAGUGUACCUGGGACCGGAAAAAUGUGUCACUGAGCGGGACGUUAACGUGCUGUAUGUACAAACCAAUAAAUUUGCAUUGGCCUCACACUUUUUGUGGACUGUGUGGGCACUUAUUCAGGCCGAGCAUUCGACGAUUGAUUUCGAUUUUGUGACGUUCGCCCAAACAAGAUACAAUGAGUACAAGGCACGGAAAGAUACGUUCCUAGCACUGACCUACGAGUGAUGAUGGUACCUAUAGUACCUUGUAAAAAGCAAUUUUCACUUUGUAUUCUUUGUUUUUUUCUAUUUUUAUUAUUUGUUCCAAAGUUAUAUUCAAGUCUGUACAUUUUUCGAAUUGUAAAUCAUUCCAGUAUGCACCUGGUCGGUGUUUGUACUUUUAUUUUAUUAAAAGUAUUACA